AUGCUCGGUGAGAUCACAGCGACGUGUCAAGAAGGCAUUCGGGAAGCAUGUGUGACACUUCGGAAUGCCUGCGAGCCACAGUUAGUUGUUGAAAAUGAUCAGUACGUGUUGCAACGUGGCUUUUCUUCAGUGUUAUGGACGAGGUCUCGUUGCGGAUGAGGGAGUACGAGAGCGAAUUCGGCCGAAUGAUCUACACAAUUUCCAUUCUCAUCAUGUUCUCGUUUGUUAUCAUUCUCCUCAUGGUUCGGUCUAUCAAAAGAACACAUUCUACUGUCGAGGUACUGUGGGAUCAUCAUUCAAAAAGUCUUCUCGACCGUCGUCAAUCGGAACCCUUUCCAGAUGGACGCUCUUCUGGACGCGAUGCGAUUCCGCGAAGAGCUCGAUAUUCGAGACCGUCAACGUAGAAGAUUGAUGAAAGCGAAAACAAAGGUGAGAUGGUUCAUCCGUAAUCCUCUUAUCUCUAAGAUGAUCAACGGAUGAUCAUACUUUGGCAGCUAUGUAGCAUGUUUUCAGGUGAGUGCCUGGCUGAACAGAGCUCAGAACGCUGCUCUAUCGAACGAGCAAGAGAAGCGGAAGGACAGCGAAUGGAAGCCGCCGCCGAAAGGAACCGGAACACGGCCUCGGGGACAUUACAGGUGGACUCUGGUAUUCCGAAUUACAAUGGGCAUCUGGAUUCUUUCAGUAUUUCCACGGUCACUUCUGACAUUCCUGAAAUCGUGGUGAGUGCGGACGAUUGCACGAAUACGGGUCAUCCGAUGCGUCCGCACACUCCCGCCAUCUCCUUGAUCUAUGACUUCGGAGUUGCGUCACCGGAUUUGGAGGAGCAAGAAAGGUGCGGGCAAAACAGAUUAACGGAGUGCAAUAUGAGAGAAUGACCUUCGUUAUGUGCUCAAGUGUCAGUUUCAGAAGGAAAACUUCGCUCGCUUCUACUGCGGGACUCCCCAUUUCCUCGUCCUCUUCUUCGUUGUCGUCCGUCGACCAGAAGAUGUCUUCGAUGAAGACAAACCCACGCACAUUUUCACUCGACACGAGCGCUUCCACAACUUCUCGAACGCGACGCGUCGAUGUCGAUGAUAAAUCGUUCAGUCUGGACACGUGA